AUGGUAAAACAAGUGUGUGUUACAGGAGCUACAGGAGUCAUGGGGAGUGAGACAGUCAAGCAACUCUCCACACUCGAAGACUUGAAGAUCAAGAUCUUUGUCGUCGACAGCGAAAAAGACAGAAAGAUCGCAACAUCAUUAGUUUCAAAGUACGGAAGUGACAAGAUCGAUGUUUGCUAUGGUGAUCUCAGAAAUUACGAUGAUGUUUCAAAGUUCAUCCAAAACGCAGAUUAUGUUCUUCACAUCGGCGGUCUCGUCAGCCCAGUUGCAGAUAACAAGCCAGUCCUCACAUACGCAGUCAACGUCGAUGGUGCAGAGAACAUUGUCAAAGCAAUUCACGAAAACAAACUCGAAGAUACAGUCAAAGUUGUCUACAUCGGCAGUGUCGCCGAGACAGGCGAUCGCAACUAUCCAAUCCACUGGGGAAGAACAGGUGACCCAAUCCAAGUCUCUGUCUACGACCACUACGGCGUCUCAAAAGUUCUCGCCGAGAGAGUUUUUGCAGAGAGCGGAAUCAAGCACUGGGCAGUCUUCAGACAGAGCGGAAUCCUUUACCCAGGACUCCUCAACAACAUGAAGCCAAUCAUGUUCCACGUUCCACUGAACGGCGUCCUCGAGUGGUGCACAGUUGAAGACAGCGGCAGAUUGAUGAAGAACUUCGUCGACUUCAACCUCCCAGACGAGUUCUGGAACAGAUUCUACAACAUCGGCAGUGGCAAAUUCUACAGAUUGACAAACUUCGAAUUCGAAGAUCUCCUCUUGAGAACAUGCGGACUCGGCUCUCCAAAGGAUCUCUUCCAGCCAAACUGGUUCGCAACACAGAACUUCCACGGACACUACUACGCAGACAGCGAUGUCCUCGAGAACUAUCUCAAGUUCAGAGAGAACCUCCCAACAGAAGAGUACUUCGAGCGCAUGUGCAACAACGCACCUCUCGAGUUCAGAGUUAUGAAGAGUGCCAAAGUUGUCAAGAACGUCGCAUUCCUCGCGAAGCCUUUCAUGAAGAUGAUCGCAUGUGACAAAGACUUCGGAACACUCGGCUGGGUCAAAAACAACGACAAAACACGCCUCGACUCAUUCUACGGAGGAAAGGAAUCCUUCGAGAAGUUGCCAGACAACUGGUCAGAGUACGCAAUCAAGCACUACGAUACUCACGUCUCUGCAUCCGAGAAGUGCAAGUUGGAUCACGGCUACGACGAAACGAAGCCAUUCGAAUCACUCACAGUCGAAGACCUCAAGAAGGCUGCCGAAUUCCGUGGUGGCGAGCUCGUCUCAACAACAGUCGGCAAGAUGACAGACAAGCUCGUCUGGAAGUGCGGCCACUGCGGCAAGGAGUUCGAAGCAUCUCCAAACCUCAUCCUCCGUGGAGGACACUGGUGCCCACACUGCUUCAUCCCAAAGAAUCGCAGAGAAUAA